CAUCGUCUCCCCUUUAGUGGCGACGCGAGUUCCACCUUCUCUUUUUGAUCUCAAGCUUCGGCCGAAGACUCAGCAGCGUCACUUCCGUUGCAGGACGGAAGAAAACGAAACCUAAGGUCUUCUUUCACUCCUGUUAGACUGCGGCACUCAAGCACUUGAUUAAAACAAAAAGCCAGAAAUGGGGGUGGAGUCAAACGGUGCAGAACAGAGCGCUACAGAACAUAUGGAAGAGAACGUGGAAGCCCUGCUUGAGGCUGCUAGAUAUGAUGACCUUGAUGAUGUCAUAAGUUUAGAAUCUGCUGGUGUUUCUCUAGACUCCAAGGAUUCACAAGGCCGUACUGCUCUUCAUAUGGCUGCAGCUAAUGGACAUCUUGGUAUAGUGGAGUAUCUCAUUGGCAAAGGAGUGGAUCUUAAUGCAUCUAAUGAGGAGAAGAAUACCCCUUUGCAUUGGGCAUGCCUUAAUGGCCAUAUCGAGGUGGUUAAGAAAUUGGUUUUAGCUGGAGCAAAUGUAAGCACUCUAAAUAGUCAUGAGCAGACUGCAAUUGAUGAAGCCCUGAGUAGGGGAAAGAUGGAAGUUAUUGAUGCCAUCAACACAUCAAUGGCAGAAUUGGAGCUUACUGGUGUCAGUGUUUCUUAAUUUCAGAACUCCAUGACGCUUCUUUAGUUUGAUAAAGUAUGUAUCACUUUCCUAAAGACAUGCUCAUAAAAAAUAGCAUAGCUAUCUUCUUCUACCUGGUUCUUGUACCUGAAACAAAGUUUUAUGAAACUUCAGUUGCCCUUUAAUUUCUUUGGUGAAAAAUAGAAAACUUGCCUGAUCAAUUUGAUGUGAUAUAAAGCAUAAAAGAACGCCUGCAGAUGCUUUAGUUUAUGAAGAUCUAUUUCAUGGUGUGAAUUUUGACAUGUUCCCAUGUAUGCUGCAAAAGAAUCCAACCUUGGCAUGGAACAAGGGAUGUCAUCAAUGAACGAAUAAAGGGAAAGGAAAAAUAAGACCCCUUUCCAGAUUUGUGAUUGGAAAUGGGAGAUUGAAGCAUCAGAAUCAGAAACCCCAUUUCUGAUAAUAUAUCUAUCUUUUAAGCAACUUGCUUUCUUCUAGCCAUGGUUGUCUAGAAAGGCACCAAUAUUUAUUGUUGUUGUUGUUCUUUUUAAACCCUUUUUUUGGGUGGAAGAAAGGCACCAAUGUAGU